GCAACUAAUUUAGAUGUAAAUUAUCGACCCAGCGUAUAAAUUCAUCAUUGACAAUUUUCAUAUUCAAUUCUCACGAAUCGUGGCUACAACUGGGUACAAUGACAAGCUAGUACCUUGUAGCAAACAGACCGAAUGUGCCAUAAAGAUGAUGGUGGAAUAGUGAGCAAGCAGGUCAGUCUGGCUGGUUGAGGUGUGGAGGGGACACCACAAACCACGCCAGGAUUCUGACUAAUAAAAUUUCCACUGCCCUCAGUAAAUCUCCUCAUCAUUCAUGUCUGUCCCUGCAUCGUAGCUACAAUUAUGGUCACACUUAUCACAGAGCAGCUCCGUAAGCAGAGUCUGGAAGAGCCUUAUCACAAGGCUUUCUCAUUCAAUGUGAAUGUGUCAUUACCUGCAGUGGGCUCAAGUCCCACUGUCUCAUGGAGUGCUUCUCGAUCGAGACAAGAGACCAGCUCAGCUACACACUCAUCAUCCAAAGCCAAUCUUCAGGAUGAUUCCUGUGGACUUGACUCCCUAUGGCCUCCUCCCCACUCUGGAGAAUGUCUCCAGAGAACGGAGGUGUCCUUCAUAGACAAGGCUUUCCAAAGCUCACCUCCGCCACCACCUCCAAAACGCCACUGUCGGUCCCUCUCUGUUCCAGAGGACCUGUCUCGGUGCCGCUCCACUUGGCAUCCUAGUGCAUCCAAGGUUUGGACCCCAGUCAAACGUGGCUGCCAAAGUGGAGGAGCAUCUAGUUCAGGCUCUGGAGCCAGCUCUUUGCCACUUUGUGGUCCCAGUUCCUCUUUCACCUCUUCCUCCUUACACUCAUCUUCUAGCCCUACCUUCUUUAGUUUAGCACUGUCCUCUGAUUCCCCACUACCAUGGAGCUUCCCAUGGGACCCCUGUGACACACUGAAAGGAGCCUGCUCUGCAUCCUUUGCCACUCCUUCCUCCUGCUCCUCUUCACCGGCCCCCCUGAUUUCUCACUCAAUGCUGCAGCGCCGCUUCUCCCUCUCCCCUGUGCACAUUCAGGACACCUCUGUUGUGCUCCUGCCCCCCCAGCCCUCCCCUGCUUCUGCUUUGACAUAUGGCUGUGCUGGCAUGGAGCACCCAGCCCUUUCUCCAUCUCCCACUUCAGCCUGCAGUACACCAUCCUCCUCUAGGCGCGACCUGCAUCCGGCACUGCCGCGAUGCCACUCACAGCCCUGCGACAUGCGCAAACCUCGCUUGAAGAGGCGCCAUGACCCAGAUGUUAUCCCGUACCCCAGGCCAGGCCUUGACUUCAGCAAGAUGACACAGAUUGGUAAUCGUGAGAGCCAAGCAUGUGGCACAGGUGGCUGCAUAGUUCCAGUUUCCUCCCAGGCAGAACAGCGCUCAGCCUUCUCACCUGCUGAGUUCCUGGGACGAGCCAGCAUUGGGCCACUAAGUGAAAGUGAAGAAGAUGAGGAAGAAGAUAAAAGAAAAAGGACUGUUAUAGAUGGAGGACAAAAGAUUGUUUUUGAAAGAGACUGCACAGAACUGGACUUGAACCUUAUAGAAGAAAACUGACCACUCCUUGGGUGCUCCCAGUGUGAUUACUGCAUUCAUAAACAUGUUAAGCACACCUGUAGGCUUUGUGCGCUCUUCUGGCAGAAUCCUUGGGAACCUGCUGCCCUCCUAAGGCAUAUGACCAGAGUUCGUAAUCAAGAACCAAGUAAUUAGGAGCUAAUAUCAAAUUACAAUAUUAUGAUUCUAACACUUGAGCUAGUUCACUGUUCAACAUUUCACAAAAAUGUCAGUGCCUGCCUAUUCACUCCAUAGGGAAAUGUGCAUGAGCAAAUAAGCGAGUUUUCAUGCACACGGAUUUUUGGCGACUAUUUCAUAUUGAUACAAGUCUUAAUUAGCAUUAAUCAUCAGUAUGCAUCUUGAUAUCCUUAUCAAAGAACACUAUAUACUGCAGGAAGCAGAAUAUUCUUAAUAUUUCCUCAUAAGUGAUUUGAAUACACACUCAAGGCAAUAUUUGAGUGGGAAAGAGGUAAGCACUCCUCAGUGCCCCAUCAGUUACUGGUGUGUAGUCAGUCUACUUUAGUAUUCGGGUCUCUGAAUUUGGACGCGAGUAUAUGUGAGCAGGUAAUGGUGGACAUAAUGUUGCCAUGUGUCGGUCAAAAUAAUAUGUGAGUAGUCCAAACAACAUAAGAAUACUAUCUAUAUGUAAAUGCUCUCCUGUUGGUUGAACAGGAUACAUUCCAAGUUUUUGCUGCUGAAAUCCUUCACAAAUCCCCAAAAAAUCUACUUUAACUGUUGUUCUGUCAUCAAUUUAGCCUGCUGUUUUGGAGCAACUCCAUAUCAUCAAAGGGAAGCUUUUCUUGUGAUAGAAGAAAGGAUACCUCGCCCUUUUUGUUAAUAUGUGCUUUUCUUUUUGGAGUUUUAUCAAUUUCUUGAACAUAAACACACCUUUUCAGCACUCAUACUGAUGAUAUUGUAAACUGACCAUGCCUUAAGCUUAAAAUACAGAGUUCUUGGUGCUCUGGUCUUCUUUUCACAGCCAGACAUUUUUGCAAUCUCCAUUUGCGCUGAUUCAGAUAUUUUUGAACAGGUGGCACAUGCACUAUAAUAGUCAGUUGAAUAACUGAAUUGAUGCUGCAGCUGGACUUCAUAGGGCACAAUGAAAUGUACUGUACAGUGGUUAGAGUGAGUACACACGUCGAGCCAAUUCUAUGAGUGUAUGUGACAAAGGUGGUAGUGAUGCAAAUGAUUUGGUGGCCUUUCAGAAAUGAUUUUUCAUGUGUUUUCAGAUGGAAAUAUUACUGUUGCACAAUUUAUGUACAAAUAAAAUUUAAUAGAGAAUGAUA